UGAAAUCCGAAGGGGGAAAAAUGUAAGAAAAAGAGAGAGAAGAAGCGACGAUAAAAAAUCCAAACCCUAAACCUGAGAAUUUGCCUUGUCUUUCGAAAAUCGAUCGUUGGCGCUUCGUUCGAUUGGGCUUAACUAGGUUUUUAUUCGGUGGAUUCAAGGAUGGCUCCUCCUCCAAGAGCAAGAUCUGCCUUACAAGCCAUGAAGAACCUAGGUUUCUCCAGUAAAGUGGCAGCCCCUCUCUUAAAGAAGCUUCUUGAAGUGUAUGACAACAACUGGCAGCUCAUUGAAGACAAUGGUUAUCAAGUUCUGAUAGAUAGCAUACUCGAAGAGCAGGAGCUAAAGGCUACUGCUGGUAAAAAGCAAGAUGCCGUGGCUGAUGAGGAUGCUGAGGUCAGUAGGAAGAGGCUAAGACAGCAGAGUGAAAAUACAGCUUCAUCAUUAAUGCUUGGCCCUGAUAGUCCUUCAUCAAAGAAAUUAAGGGUAGAAGCUGAUUGUUCCCUGGGAGCACUGCUUAGGCAGAGAAGAGCAGAGCCUGUAUUGCCACAGGUUGAGGAUAUGGGGAGAUUAGUGCUUGCUUCACCACAGGAGGAAAGAGAUGAGCAUGAUACACCUUUAAUAAGCCGUAGAGAAACUAGAGCUUCAGCUCAUGCACGGAGAGCUAGUUUUGCACAAGAGAAUGUAGAGUCAAUUUCACUUUUGACAUACGGCAGAUGUGAGAAGACUAUUGGUGAGGCGUCAAGCAGUGUGAUCAUGUUGAAAGAGCCCAAGAUAGAACCGGGUACUGAAGUGCUGGACAAUUCUAAUGUUCAUUCUCCCUCUACUUCCAAAAGUAAACAAGCUGACUCAGACCCGCCAGAGUUCGAAGUUCCCAUUGCCAUGAUCCUUCCUGACCAUCCACUUGCUGCUGGAAAUGAAGUUCAUCAAUGCCAACACUCUCAAGGCGAAACUUCACCAAGGGACAUGAGCAGUCUGCAAGAAAAUGAUGUUGAAUCCUUAGCAGCUCAAACUGAAGCAAAGAAUGCAGAUAAAGCGAAGAGGAACGGAAGUCUCUCAGAUAAUGCAUCAAAUGGAAAGGCAUCUGAGCUUGUUACUUCUCAAGGGGCUUCUUCUACUACUGUGGAUAUAGCUUCCUCUGAUACUGGGGCGGUGAAACUUCAGUUUAGCUUUAACUCUGGUAGCCCUGAUCUUCCCUUGCCGAGCAUUGAUGCUUUCUUUAAAAUGGUGGAGGACAGGUGUCUGAAAAGCUACAAGUUCUUGCCAUCAGACUUCUCCCUGCUGAAAGUAAUGAAAGAAAUGUGUCAAGUUGCCUCAGACUUGACCGUUGAACCGAGUUAUGAUAGACAGGAAACACCGACACUUUCUGUGAAUGAUUCUGUUGGUGGUAGUACUAGACAAACUGUUGAUCGACAUAAAGAAGACAGACAGGAAAAGGGAAAGGAAAAUGUAGCUCCAGAACACUCUAAUUUAAAGGUGGUGCAGUAUCCACAGACUGCACUUGGCGAUCUAAGACCUCCCCAUGAUCCCACUGACAUAACUAGAGGAGAAGAAAGAAUUCCGAUCUCUCUGGUUAAUGAAGUCAGCAAUGAGAGGUAUCCUUCCCAUUUUUACUACAUACCUCGGAAUCUCAUCUACCAAAACGCCUAUGUGAACUUUUCACUUGCGAGAAUUGGCGACGAAGAUUGUUGUUCUGACUGUUAUGGGGACUGUCUGGCUGCCACCAUACCUUGUCCUUGUGCACGGGAAACUGGAGGUGAAUAUGCCUAUACAUGCAAGGGACUGGUCAAGGAGUCAUUUCUGGACGAGUGCAUUUCCAUGAAUUGCAAUCCUCAUAAACACCAGCAUGUCUAUUGCCAAGAUUGUCCGCUGGAACGGCCUAAGAGUGGGGAUGCGCCGGGCAAGUGCAAAGGGCAUCUUGUCAGAAAAUUUAUCAAAGAAUGCUGGAGCAAAUGUGGAUGUAGUAUGCAGUGUAAAAACCGCAUCAUUCAGCGUGGCAUCACAUGCAAUUUACAGGUUUUUUUUACACCUGAAGGAAAGGGAUGGGGACUUCGCACUCUGGAUGAGUUACCUAAAGGCACAUUUGUGUGUGAAUAUGUUGGUGAGGUACUAACUAACAUAGAAUUAUACAAUCGAACAAUCCAGAGCACUGGCAAUGCUAGACAUACAUACCCUGUUCUUCUGGAUGCUGAUUGGGGCUCAGAAGGGGUCCUGAAAGACGAGGAAGCUCUGUGUUUGGAUGCAACAUUUUAUGGAAAUGUUGCAAGAUUUGUUAAUCACAGAUGUGUGGAUGCAAAUAUGGUUGAGAUUCCUGUGGAAGUGGAGACUCCAGAUCGCCACUAUUACCAUCUUGCCUUUUUCACGGCGAGAAAAAUUGAGAAAAAUGAGGAAUUAACAUGGGACUAUGGGAUUGACUUUAGUGAUGUCAGUCAUCCAGUAAAGGCAUUUAAAUGUCGUUGUGGAAGUAAAUUCUGUAGGGACAUGAAGCGCUCAAGAGCACGGUCAAAGGCAUUGGUACUGAGGUGAACUGCUGAGUCAAACCAUUUCAAAAGCAAGAUGAUGGGUGCAAAUUUUAUCAACAUUAUAUUUUGGGGGAUAAUUAUAUGCCACAAUGGGUUUCUUUUGAGAGUCGUGGUGCCUUUCGUACAUGGUUUGGCGGCAGUACCAUUUUGUAAGUAAUGAUGUCAAGUGCCAUGCUGGAAAGGGGGAAACUGGAAAGGGGGGAAAAAUUGCCCUAAAGGUUUUAAUGUGCAGUACAAGUAUAGGAUUUUGUUGGUGUUUGCCUAUACACGCUGACCUUCAGAAUAUCAGUUUAUUCAAUUCUGUAUAUCUAAGUUGAAACCAUUUAGUUAAGUUGCAGAAAAUAGUAGAUCAGGUUGAUUUUGUUCUAUUUUGGUUGUGAAACUGAUGUAAUACAGUAUGCGGUUCUGGAGUUAAACCUGCAAAAAGAACUUUUUCUGCUAAACGAUCUGUAAUCUAGUAUUGUGAAUAAAUUGCGUGUCAUGCUAAAUUUGCAUUGUUUGAAGUCUAA